AUGCCAAAUAUAUUGGAAAAGUUUUCCAAGGGGUUGAUAAAUUUGAAAAAUGAAUUUAUGUAUCAAUUAGACAUAUUUGGCCAACUUCCAAGCUUCACAGUUCUCAAUAGGAACAAAUACACUUCUCAAUUGGGAUUUGUGAUGUCACUUUUAAUAGGAACACUAUCCAUAUACUAUUUGAUUAAUGAAGUACAACAAAUGCUUUCAAAAUCAAAGCCCUCGAUAUAUUCCUCAGAAAUACAAGUCAUAGAGACAGAUGUAACAUUAAUUGAUUGAGCUUAGUCGUUUUAUCUCAACAAUGAAAAUUUUACGCUAGCAAUUACAAUAGCUGAUCGCUUUUCGGAACCAGUAAUUGGAAUAAAUAGGUAUUUCAAUUUAAGCGUGAGUCAGUGUAAUAGAGUGAGGAUAAGAGACCAGUCAACAGGAAAUAUAACAGUUCAAUUAACGUAUUAAUGAAACUAAUUAAGAUGUAAUGAAAUGCCCUUAGAACCCUGCAAUAUGUCGCAUUUUACUACUGACCUUUAACAAGAGUACUUUAAGACCAUAAGAUUUGGAGCAGUGUAAUGUAUUAAUCGGGAGUAUCAAUAGAAAAAUCCUCCAGUACGAUAUUAUCAUAAUUUAUUAGGUCUUAAAGGGCUUAUUCAAUGCUCUGGAAUAUAAAUAUUUGUACAUCCAAUUCACAGCUUGCUCGAAUAGCACUACUUUUCAAGGGUGUGCUCCUUAAGAAAAGAUCGAUGAAAUCUUAUAAGCUGGACGUUAUAAUGUCUACAAAAGUGACUAUAUAUCCCAGCUUGAUCAGCCUGGAGAACCAUACAAACAAAUUAUCACAAAUGAUUUCAGUGGGUUUUCUUAUAGCACAUCAAAAACGAUAGUCUAGUCAUACAGAAUAGUACAAACAACCACAGAUCAAGGGAUGAUCUGGGAUGAUGAAAACGUUUAGUAAAAUAUUCAACAAACAGAAUGGAGAGAAAUAUCAGACUUUUAUAACCAAUAGUAUCUGGUCCUUCACGUUAUUAAGUUAGACUUCAAAUAGACUAAUAACACUAGAACAUACAUCAAAUUGCAAACGAUAUUAGGAAAACUCGGAGGUAUUUUGCAAAUCUUUAUGAUGGUUGUUACCAUAAUAUUUAAACCUGUCAUAGAAAAUAUGAUGAAGCUAGAAAUAGCAAACUCCCUCUACAGAUUCCAUGAUUCAUCAGAAAAACAAAUAUAACGUUCAACUCAAAUUUAAAUUAAUCAAUCAGAGAGAGAAUUCUCACCUCCCAACAAUAAUAAGAAGAUUGAAGGCUAAAUUAGUUAGAGGAACGAAAAGCUCAAUAAGUCUAUGUUUGAGACAUUUCUAAUAAUUUUUGGGUUAUAGAAGGAAAAGCAUUAGCAAUUUCUGAAGGCAAGAAAAAAAAUCAUAAAGAAUUUAGACAUAGUGACAAUCCUAAAAAGAUUGUAAGAGGUUGAUAUGAUGAAACGGAUCUUAUUUUCAAAGGAGUAGAUGGAAAUAAUAAAGAACUUACCUAGGCCUUUGAUUGAUAAGAAACUAUUCGUUUCUCAUAAUCUGAUAGAAAAUGAUAUAGAAAAGGAGAAAGUGAAUUAAAUUAAUUUAUCACCGCUCUAAAGUUAGUAAUCAAGGUUCAAUUACUUUCCAAAUAUAAAUACAGUUUAGUAGAAAUAGUAAAUUGAUGCCCAAUUACAAUUAUAUUUAGAUCAUUGCAAUGUAAUGUUAAUAAAUAAGUUAAUAGGAUUCUUAAAAACAGAAGGUGAAGUUGUAAAGCAGUUUGCUGAAAAGCCCUUCCUCGCCUUUGUCCAACAGUCAAAUAAUAAGGUAAGAUGAAAUAGAUGAACCAGUUCCUUAGAAACCAAAAAAAUGA